GGGGGGUCUAUGGCGUCAGCGUGGUCGGCGCGUCAGUGACGUCAGCAGCGAGACGGCGGCGUCUACGGUGCGUCGGAGGCGUCCCAGGCGCGGAUGGCGUCGGCGGCGCCGUCGGCGCGUCAGUAAUGUUGGCAUUUUGGAUAUAGAAGACUUAGAUCGCUAUGAGAUGAAGGAAGAAUAGCCUGUUAGUGGGAAAAAGUCAGAAGAUGAAGGAAUUGAAAAAGAAAAUUUGGCAAUAUUAGAGAAAAUUAGGAAGACUCAAAGGCAAGACCAUGUAAAUGGUCGACCCUGAUAGUCCUUUGCACAGUGAUCUUCAGAUCUUAAAAGAAAAAGAAGGCAUAGAAUAUAUAUUGCUUAACUUCUCUUUUAAGUCCUUGUAGCCCCUGAUGUGCCCCACCCUUGUCACGUCCUCUUUGAGAGAGAACUUUAUGGGAAUAUGAAAUUCUGGCGAGGAAACUGGAGGAUUUGUGACUGCAGGAUAACUUUCCAUUUGAUCCUCCAUUUGUUCGAGUGGUGUUACCUGUUCUCUCAGGAGGUUUUCCAUAGGAACAUGAAGAAAUCAUAACAACUUUGGUAAUGAAGAGUUUGACUGCUACUUCCUUGAUGAAGGUUUUACUGCCAAGGACAUUCUGGACCAAAAAAUUAAUGAAGUUUCUUCUUCUGAUAAGGAUGCCUUCUAUGUCGCAGACCUAGGAGACAUUCUAAAGAAACAUCUAAGGUGGUUAAAAGCCCUUCCUCGUGUGACUCCCUUUUAUGCAGUCAAAUGUAAUGAUAGCAGAGCCAUCAUGAAUACCCUUGCUGCUAUUGGGACAGGGUUUGACUGUGGUAGCAAGACUGAAAUACAGUUGGUGCAGAGUCUGGGGGUGCCUCCAGAGAGGAUUAUCUAUGCAAACCCUUGUAAACAAGUAUCUCAAAAGUACGCUGCUAAUAAUGGAGUCCAGAUGAUGACUUUUGAUAGUGAAGUUGAGUUGAUGAAAGUUGCCAGGGCACAUCCAGAAGCAAAGUUGGUUUUGCGAAUUGCCACUGAUGAUUCCAAAGCAAUCUGUCGUCUCAGCGUUAAAUUCGGUGCCAGCAGCAGGCUCCUUUUGGAACGGGUGAAAGAGCUUAAUAUCGAUGUCAUUGGUGUCAGCUUCCACGUAGGAAGCGGCUGUACCAAUCCCGAGACCUUUGUGCAGGCAAUCACUGAUGCCGGCAGUGUUUUUGACAUGGGGGCUGAGGUUGGUUUCAGCAUGUAUCUGCUUGAUCUUGGCGGUGGCUUUCCUGGAUCUGAGGAUGUGAAGCUUAAAUUUGAAGCGAUCGCCUGCAUAAUCAACCCAGCAUUGGACAAAUAUUUUCCGUCAGACUCUGAAGUGAGAAUCAUAGCUGAGCCCGGCAGAUACCAUGUUGCAUCAGCUUUCACACUUGCAGUUAAUAUCAUUGCCAAGAAAAUUGUAUUAAAGGAACAGACUGGCUCUGAUGAUGAAGAUGAGUUGAGUGAACAGACAUUUUUAUAUUAUGUGAAUGAUGGUGUCUAUGGAUCAUUUAAUUGCAUACUGUAUGAUCAUGCACAUGUAAAACCCCUUCUGCAAAAGAGACCUACACCAGAUGAGAAAUAUUAUUCAUCCAACAUUUGGGGACCAACGUGUGAUGGCAUUGAUCGGAUUGUUGAGCGCUGUAACCUGCCUGAAAUGCAUGUGGGUGAUUGGAUGCUCUUUGAAAACAUGGGCGCUUACACUGCUGCUGCUGCGUCUACUUUCAGUGGCUUCCAGAGGCCGACAAUCUCCUAUGUGAUGUCAGGGCCUGCAUGGCAACUCAUGCAGCAAAUCCAGAACCCGGACUUCCCGCCCGAAGUAGAGGAGCAGGACGUCAGUACCCUGCCUGUUUCUUGUGCUUGGGAGCGUGGGAUGGAACGCCACCGAGCAGCUUGUGCUUCAGCUAGUAUUAAUGUGUAGAUAUCACUCUUGCAGCUGGUAACUGCAAGUUUAGCUUGAAUUAAAGGAUUUGGGAGGACCAUUUAACUUAAUUACUGCUAGUUUUGAAAUGUCUUUGUAAGGGUAGGGUCUGCACGAUUUGGCCACACAGAAGGCUAGGAUGUGGGUCAUACUUUUACCUGUGUUUCUAUGGAAACUAUUUGUAUAUUUGUUUUAUAUGGAUUUUUAUUUACUCUUCAGACAUGCUACUUCAGAGUGUUCCUCAGCUGCUAAACAAUCGUUUGUAGCUUGUACAGUGGCAGAAUGGGCCAAAAGCUUAGGGUUGUGACUGUACAGUGGCAGAAUGGGCCAAAAGCUUAGGGUUGUGACCUGUUUUUAAAAUAAAGCAUCUUAAAAAAAAAAGAUUCCCUGGGACAGGGGAAAGCACAGGGAGCCAUGAAGGUGAGCUCAAGGUUAUGAAGGAACAAAUAUAUCAGAGGAGGAGGAGGGAAAGGGAAGUGAGAUAGGUAGACACCUGUGAUAAUAGUAUGUGUGUUCCUCUGGAGCACAAUGAAUGUGUAUCUUUAGACCACAGAUUUGGUUUUUGGUUUUUUUUUUUUUGGUAUUUUUAUUUUUUUGCUGUAUUUUUAGACAUGCAUGCGUGAUUUAUAUUUCUAACUUGUUUAGUCUUGUUAUCUAAUUAGAAAAGUUGUUUUAAAAGCUUUUAAAGAAUACAGAGCUUUUAUCUAUGUGCUGAAGUUGUAACAAGGGUGAGAGGGGUACAUCUCACACAUGAGUGUGAGAACCCAAUUAUUACAUUUAUGAGCUAGAAAAUCUUUUUAUCUUAAAAUGAGCUUCAGACUAGAAGUCACAAAGGUUGAGACUUAAAGUAAUUAGUAACCACUGUGACCAUUGAUCUGUCUCUUUUUUUUUUUUUUUUUUUUUGAGACAGUCUGGCUCUGUCACCCAGGCUGCAGUGCAGUGGCACGAUCUCAGCUUAACUCGGGAUCCACUUCCCGAGUUCAAGGGAUUCUCCUGCCUCAGCCUCCCAAGUACCUGGGAUUACAGGCACCUGCCACCAUGCUCAGCUAAUUUUUGUAUAUUUAGUAGAGACGGGGUUUCACUGUGUUGGCCAGGCUGGUCUUGAACUCCUGACCUCGUGAUCCACCUACCUUGGCCUCCCAAAGUGCUGGGAUUACAAGCGUGAGCCCUAGUGCCCCAUUGUCUCUUAAGGAUUCUUACCUGAAGAAAAGAAUGAAGCAUGUAAGCAUGUGUAUAUAUUUUUAAGGUUAACAUUUUAGAGUUGAUGACCUAUUUACUGUAUUUGUCUUUUACCAAAUACCCCUUCCUUUAACAGCCUUAAAAGUCAAAGACUCCAUAGUGAGGUGGUAACAAGUUAGUACCAACUCUCCUUCUUCGAUGGGGAGUAACGGUAAUAGACUCCCUUUAAGCUUGAUAUAUUUUUACAUCUCAUUCUUUGAGUAAAACUGAUUGCAGGACUCUGAUAAAGUUCAUUUCUUUUUUUUUUUUUUAAUGAGAUGGAGUCUCACUCUGUUGCCCAGACUAGUGCAGUGGCACCAUCUUGGCCCACUCUGCCUCCCAGGUUCAAGCGAUUCUCCCGCCUCAGCUUCUGGAGUAGCUGGGAUUACCAUGCCCAGCUAAUUUUGGUAUUUUUAUACUAAUGGGGUUUCACUAUGUUGGCCAGGCUGAUCUCGAACUCCCGACCUCAGGUGAUCUGCCUACCUGAGCCUCCCAAGGUGUUGGGAUUACAGGUGGGAGCCACCACGCCUGGCCCUAUCAUACAUUUCUUUUUGUGUCUUUGUCUAUGCAUUUAAAAAAAUAUAGGUGAUGUGCUAUAUAUAGAAUUUCUAUCCUAACCAGAUAUUUAUAUUUAAUAUCAUAAGUAACAUCAGAAAUUUAAAAGUACAUGUCAUAUAAUGGCUAAAUAGAAAGUCUAAGGGAAUUUUAAAAUACCGCCCCCCUCAACAAAUACCGUUUAUAAGAGCUACAAAAAGAAGAAAAGAGCUAGUAAUAAACUUAAUAAGAAAUGUGAAAGCGCUAUGAAGAAAACUUCAAAUACUGAGAUAAAAGGAUGACUUGAAUAUUUGAUAUGGAAGAAAUAAGAAAACAUUGGAAAAGAAGAUUAGAUUGACGGGGAGAGCUGAGUGAGGACUGGUCCUACUACAUACUAAAAUAGGCAGAGCAGUGGAACAGCUUAGAGUCAAAUACACGAGGAGAAUUUAGUUAUAGAGGAGGCAUUUCAAAUGAGGUGGAUGAUUUGAUACAUGAUGUUGGAGGAACUGGGUAGCCCUAUAGAAUAAAAACUUCUUACCUAGCUUCAUAAAUCAAAGUUAAUGAAUUCACAAGCCAUAAAUUUAAACAGUGAUAAGUUUUACUGUGUAUCAAUAAAGAGCUUUUGUAUGGCAACCAAAUAUGAACACUAAGAAUUCAAUGUGGGAGAAGAGAUUUCCCCAUUUAUAAAUGACCAAUUUCCCAAAUAAGAGCCGCCAUAAAUAAGUAAAGAACCCCACAGGCAAAGUCAGCAAAAUAUAUGAAGAGAGUUUAUAGAAAAAGAAAUGCACAGUGUAAAAAGAUUUUAGAACAAAGUGUUACUAUCAUUCUUAGCUAUUCUCAAUAAAUCUUUUCCUAACAGGUUUAUUGAGGUAUAAUUUAUAUACUAUCCAGUUUGCCCAUUUAAAGUGGUUUUUAGUAUAUUCACAGCUAUGCACCAUCACCACAAUUUUAAAAGCAUUUUUAUAACCCACAGGAGAAACUCCAUAUCCUUUUAGAGUCACCCCCUCAUUCCUCCCAAGUCCACCAGGCCCUAGGCAACUGCUCAUCUGUUUUCCUUGUCAAUGGAUGUACCUAUUCUGGACCUUUCAUAUGAAAGAAACAAAAUGUGAACUUUCGUGACUGGCUUAUUUUCACUCUUUUACAAAAAAUUUCACUAUGCCAGUGAUAGCACAAGAACCUUGAAAACAAAGUUCAUCCGUAUUGGGCACGUGUCAGCACUUUAUUUCCUUUUAUGGCUGAAUAAUAUUUUACUUAUGGAAAUUAUAUGGGAAAAAUAUUUUUUCCCAUCAGUUGAUGGACAUCUGGAUUGUUUUUAUUUUUUGGCUGUUUUAAAUAAUGCUAUAAUGAAUACUGAUUUACAGGUA